GUGAGCCCGGAUCGCCCGGACCUGACGGCGACCCUGGAUGGCUCCACCCUGGAAGGGGCGUGGCACUCAGGGGAAGGGCGGCCACGCCCCAGCCACACCUGGCUCCUGGACCUGCCCCGCCCCACAGAGGCCCCGCCCACCGAGCAGCCACGCCUCCAGCUGGGCGUCACCUGGGAGCCCGACUCCGCCCACCGCCAGGUGACGCUGCUGCCAGACGAGGACGAGGCCUGGUGGCAGAAGCCAAUCGUGGCCCAGGAGCUGUUUUG